AUGAUAAAAAAGAACAAGGGGUUGAAUUUUACAAUUGGGAGAAAAACUCUUUCCCCACUGCCACCAAACAGUACAAUAUCUCAUAUAACCCCAAGACUACGCCGAACCAGCCUUUUUAUUUCAAACCAAAGAUCAAUUCAGCGUAAAGUAUCGCUCGAACAGUUCCGUCUAAUGAGAACUGUAGGCACUGGCACCUUUGCACGAGUCAGACUUGCUAGGAAUAUUGCAACUGAUGAAAUUAUUGUCAUCAAGAUGAUGUAUAAAAGCCAAAUAAUCCAAAUGAGACAGGUCGAGCAUAUAAAAAGUGAAAAGAAAGCGUUACAGGAAUUUUCGCAUCCGUUUAUAGCGAAACUUAUAGGGACACAACAAGAUCGGAAACGACUGUAUUUAUUUUUGGAAUAUAUCCCAGGUGGAGAGCUUUAUAAGCACCUAAGGAUUAAUAGGAUGUUUACUGUUCCAACAGCGAAAUUUUACGCUGCUGAGGUUGUGUCUGCUUUUUCUUAAUUUAUUAAAGAAUCGCUUUGUGCAUUUCGCUUAUAAACAUUAUUCCAGUUUCUAUAUGAAAAGAAAAUUAUAGUAAUUAUUUCUAAUACACAAUUAUGUUAAAAAGAUAUAUAUUCAUUCACAAAACGCAGUGUAUCGAGAUUUAAAGCCAGAAAAUAUUUUAUUAUCAAAAGAAGGACACAUUAAAUUUGUUGAUUUUGGCUUUACCAAAUUUUUAACCCCAGGGGAAUACACCUAUACUUUAUGUGGGACUCCUGAAUAUCUGCCCCCAGAAGUGAUUUUGCAGAAUGGACACCACUUAGAAGCUGACUGGUGAACAUUAGGCAUUUUGCUUUUUGAAAUGCUUGUAGGCAGACCGCCGUUUGAGGAAAAAAAUCCGUAUAAUAUUUACAAAAAAAUAAUAUCAAGUGAAGUCGCAUACCCUGAAAAUCUUGACGAGGCAGCUCAUGAUUUAAUUUCAAAAUUGCUCAUGAAAGACCCUAAAAAGCGGAUAAGCGAAGAAGCGAUUAAAAGACAUGCGUUCUUUAGAGGGAUUAAUUGAAGAGAUGUAGAUCUUCAAUGUUUAUCCUUUUUAAAUUGGAAAAAUAAAUUUUAAACAAUAUUUCAAUUAUUAAUAUUAUUUAUUAUAAAAAAUAUAAAUCCUCCUAUUGUUCCAAUUAUUCGUGCACCUGAUGAUUCUUCUAAUUUCGAUAAGUAUAAAGAAGAAGAAGAUCCAGAUAUAGCUGAUCAAAUAGCAGCUUUUGAUAUGUUCCCUGAUUUUUAA